CGCAUGAACUAAAUUCCCUAACCAUCCAUUAAUUAAAUCCAGCAUAUAUAAUUAGAAACAAAACUCGAACCGAAUUAAGUUUUAAUUAUAAUUUAUUUGCGUAGAUAUAUAAUUAAAUAAUAGAGUACGUGCGUCCAACCUUCUCUCCUCUUUAAACGACGACUCGCGUCCUAACCCCGAAGAAAUCCGUCCCCCUAAUAUUUUGAUUAUCCUUGAUCGCCAUUGAGAGGAAUUCUCUAUUGUUGAUUUCUUUGUUGGAGUUGGUAGCGGUUGUUGGAGAAAAAACAAAAAGAAAUCCUUUUUCUAUUUGGUUCCUUUUUUUUUUCCUUUGCUUUCGUUGUUGUGAGGAUGAUUUGGGAAUUAACUGCCAGAUGAUGGUUGCCCUUGAUAGAAAUUACAAUGUAUAUUGCUCGCUUUUUUACCAAGCUGUGGAGGAGGAUUUCGACAGAGGUGACUGUAGAACUGCAAAUAUUUCUGGGGAAUUGGAAACUUGUGCUCGCGGGUCUCAUAUUUCAGUACAUUCAUGGUCUGGCUGUUCAUGGAGUUCACUAUUUACAUCAACCUGGGCCUGUUCUCCAAGAUCUUGGGUUCAUUCUCCUCCCGGAGCUUGGAAAAGAGAAAUUUUACAUCAGUGAGACUUCGUUCUCCGUCAUCUUUUUCCCAUUUAUAUUGUGGACGUUUCAUCCUUUUGUUUAUAAAACCAAACGUUUCUACACGGUUCUAUUAUGGCGUAGGGUAUUGGCUUGUAUAGUUACUUCUCAGUUCUUGCGGAUCAUUACAUUCUAUUCUACACAUCUUCCUGGCCCUAGUUAUCACUGCCGUGAAGGCUCAGAAAUUGCUAGAUUGCCACCACCUGAAAAUAUACUUGAAGUAAUUCUUCUUAAUUUUCCUCAAGGAGUUAUGUACGGAUGCGGUGAUUUGAUAUUUUCAUCUCACAUGAUAUUUACCCUGGUAUUUGUGCGGACAUACAAUAAGUAUGGCUCUGUAAGGUUGAUCAAGACACUUUCUUGGUUGAUGGCCAUCAUGCAGAGCCUACUUAUAAUUGCGUCUCGCAAGCAUUACUCAGUGGACGUUGUUGUUGCAUGGUACACUGUAAAUUUGGUGGUAUUUUUUAUUGACCAGAAAUUAACAGAACUGCCUGACAGAACUGGCAGCAGUGGAUCAUUGUUGCCCCUGAACAACAGAGACAAAACUAAGGAGGAGAACAAGCAGCUGCUGAAUGAUACUGCUGAUAGGAGACAGAGAAUACAAAUGAGUGGGAAGAAUCAGGAUAAUGGGAACAAUCUCCAUUUUGAAGAAGUUUAAGUGGCGCGCGUAAAUGAUGAUGGGCAGCUUGAAUCCUAGGUCGGUGAUGUGCUGCAGGCUUGCAUGCAGGCUUGGAUUCGUCAAAAUCCGCUUUACUUAGCUUGCAGAUAAUUUAGAGUAUAAACGUAGUAGAGAUUGACCAUGAAUGCUUUCAGCUUACCGCACUGUAAUCAAUUCACUAGCGCCUUUUUUUUGUUUUUGUGCUUUGCCCUGCCUUUCCGAAGAUAGAUGUCUUAGCAAUUUUUUUCUUCUUCUUCUUAAUUACACUACAAUCGCCUAAUAUUCAUUUAAGGAACUCGAA